UUCAGUGGCAACAGGCCGGCCAUCUGCUCUUCCUUUAUUCAUUCAUUAACAUGUCUUCUUUGUGUGUGCAUGGACGUGUGUGCUUGUGUGUAUGUACAAGCAUUCAUCACAACAGCCACUUGCUGGCCAAGUGUACGUCACCGAUGUUGUUGUCCAAAACCAACAGUUGUGUGUCAGAUGGCUCAAUCACAUGACCACAGCGGCUUGUGAUUGGCCAAGGCGUUGAGCUAAAAAAGCUUGGCGCAAUCCGGGCUCCAUGAGUUUCUGGUGGCGGUGACAGAGUGGACACAUCGAGUGGAUACCCCAAAGGAUCUAACUGAGAGGAAUCUCUAAAGAAACAUUAGAGGAAGGAGAGAGUACAAAGAGGAGAAAGCAGACAAUCAAGGGAUGUCAUAACCAAAGAAAUGAAGACCCUACAGCUGAAUGAAUGUGUGAAAAUCUUGAGCUUUAACCAGCGUACCUAAGACAAGAGACUUACCCAAUCAAACCAAAGUACUUCUAUACCAAAGCAACCUAAACCAAACAGAACCAAACUAAAAACCACCUGAAUUCAUCACCUACAACAACAUCAUGAAGCUAGAUAGCGCACAAGGAGACAUGAGCGGGUGGAGAGAGAUGGACUUUGCCCUCAAUUGCACUUACAUUGUGCCAGACCAGGUGUCAGAUCCAAGCUUCAGCCUACCCAAAGCUAUGACGUCCAUCCCACGCAACCUCACCUUCGAAUACAACACAGACAAUGAGGUGACAGGCGUGUUUAGCAAAGAAUACAUUCCUCAAGGGACUCGCUUUGGCCCCCUGCAAGGAGACAUCUACACCAAAGACAACGUCCCCAACCAGGCCAACAGGAAAUACUUCUGGAGAAUUUACAACGGUGGGCAGCUUCAAAAUUUCAUUGAUGGCUAUGAUGUCCACAGGAGCAACUGGAUGCGCUACGUCAACCCGGCCCGCUCCCCAGUCGAACAGAACCUGGUGGCAUGCCAGAACAGCCGAGACAUCUACUUCUACACCAUCCGACCGGUGGAACCCAAUCAGGAGCUGCUGGUGUGGUACAGCCAGGAGUUUGCCCAGAGGCUCUGCAGCCAGCAGGCUGACAUCAAACAGAUGUACUCACCAAGUUCUGAUGAAGACCAGGAGCUGGAGUACACCAAGCAGCACCUACCUAAGCAAACAUGGCUUAAAGAAAGAACAAAGGAAGAGGUAAAAGAGGAGAUGGAUGAAGAUGGAGAGGAGAAGAUAGAUGUGGAGAUGUUGGAGAGAGACACUCCGCCUGACACACCUGAUGAUCAGAUCAUGGACUUCAGCAAAAAGGUUGGGAAAGAGGAAGAGACGAGUGACAAAGAUCCAGAAGACCGAGGGAUUAUUCCCUCCCCUCAGCCCGAACACAAAGAGUCAAGCCUGGGCUUGAAUCAUCCAUACUUACCAGACCACCAUCCUGCGCUACCAUCUCCACACCGAAACCUCCCUCUUCACCUCCAUGGCCUCUAUGGCCACAGAGAGGGUCUUGUUUCAUCUUACCCUCUUUACCCUCAGUCCAGACCCUUCCAGCCCCCGUACCAGCUCAUUCCUCCCUACGGCCCACAAUAUCCUCGCCUCCUCCUCCCCUCGUACUCCCCUCCCUUUCCAGGGGUGCUGCCCUCAAGGUCCCUCCAAUACAGCAGAUAUCUGGGCACAGAUGGGCUCCCCUAUCCACCCAUCAGCCAGCCUAAUCUACUUCCAGUGUCCCUCCCCUUCCCUUCGUCUCCACAGGGGGGUCUGAAAGAACUAACACCAAAUGUAUCGCCACCACGAGGCGCCCCGGCCACCCCGGAGCUCUCUCCUCUCCCCAAACCCGACAGUCGUCAACAGUCUCCUGAGCAGUCUCCCUCUGGCUGUGAGGAAGCCAUGAAUCUUAGCCUGGCUAUGACCAAAGGCAGCACAGCGCCACGUAACGGCCCUGGCCACAAAUCACUGCCCUACCCACUGAAGAAGCAGAAUGGAAAGAUCAAGUAUGAAUGUAAUAUCUGCUCGAAGACAUUUGGACAGCUGUCGAACCUCAAGGUCCAUCUCCGUGUGCACAGUGGUGAAAGACCGUUCCAGUGUAACCUCUGUAAGAAGAGUUUCACUCAGCUGGCUCACCUCCAGAAACAUCACCUGGUUCAUACUGGGGAGAAGCCACACGAAUGUCAGGUGUGUCACAAACGCUUCAGCAGCACCAGCAACUUGAAAACACACCUGCGCCUCCACUCUGGGGAAAAACCUUACCAGUGCAAGCUGUGCAGCACCAAGUUUACCCAGUACAUCCACCUGAAACUGCACCGUCGCCUCCACAGCAGCCGCGACCGCCCAUACCACUGCCAGCUCUGUGCACAGUUCUUCUUCCACCGCUUCUCUCUCCGCAUACACCAGCGCAGCUGCUGUCUGGCUAACUCCAAUGCCCCCGUCAACAUACAUAUGAAAGAGAUGGUGGAGCGGUUUGACGCCAGCCAAGAGGCCGACACGCUCACGGAGGCGGCAUCGGCGCUGCAGGUGGAGGAAGCCGUGGAGCGCUGGUUGGCUCGUACCUUGGAAGGCGAGGGGAAGGAGGACCAGAGGGAGGCCACCAUACUGCUGAAAGCUUUGACAGCAGCUAUCAACGCACCAUCAGUGCCCACGGCCCAAUCAGCUGUACCAACAUCACACCACAGCCCUUCACUAGCCUAUCAAGAGAGGGCCAGUGUUGUUCAUCUGCACAAACGGGCAAUGGUGAAGACAGAAGGACAGUGAGAGGAAUUGAAAGAGGGGGAAAUAAAAAAACGGACAUAUAGCAUACCACCAACCAAGAAAACACUUGUCGCCAAAUAAAACUCCCUAUAUGUAUAAUCCAAUGAGCGCAGCACCAAAAGAAGAGCAUUCCAAAGACUGAGCGUAUUCAGUGAUUGUACUUCCUCCCAAACGUCAGUUUAAAGAUGAAACUGGGGAGGCUGUUGUUAAGCUGUGAAUAUUUAAAACUCUUUUCACUCAGGUAGAGAAGUGUUUGCUUUUUUGUGCUUUAACUUAUUACUUUUUUUUAUUAUUUGAGUCAUCUAUAUUUAUUUGGUUGUAUCAUAGCUUGUGUUUUCUGCUAGUGUUUUUGUCAUAUGUGUCGACAUUUCCAAAAAGAUUUGACCUUUGAGGAAAACCACAAAUGGACAAUACGUGGACGAGUCUUCACCUGUUCUGUUGUUUUACUGUGUGUGCCAGUGUGUUUGAGCUUUUUGGGUGUGUGUGUACGGCAACUGGAACAUUUUCUUUCUUUUGAAUGCCAGGGGACAGCGAUAGCACAAACCACCUCCCUGCUCCUCAACUGUUUGCAACUAUUUUAUUUAUUUAUAAAAAAUAAAAAAAAAGGGAAAAUCAGGUAUUUUCAAACUGUGUGUUAAUAAGUAAUUGCCAAAAUUAAUUAAUAAUCAAAACACAUGAAUGUGUACACCAUUUUUGGAUCAUUGUUCAACUCGUCCUGACAUUAGACGGGAGGAAAGAGGUUCAAACUAAGCAUUAUUCACACAUUUUUCUUGAUUAUUCAGCAUAUUUUCAGAUAUCAAGUAUCAAAGACACACCAUGUUGAACUUAACCAAAUGCCACCAAAAAAAUUAAAAUACUACAGAUUCAUUCAUUCAUUAAAGAUUUCCUUUCUUACUUCAGUGUUGGAGUCAUAAAGUGGAUCAUUGUAUAGCUUUUUACUGAAUACAGACCUCAAGCUUUAUCCAAAUCUUCAUUUAGAUAUCGGUACCUCAUAUUCAGCAUUGAAGGGUAAAAACCAGCAACACAGUUUUCUAACAUUAUAACAUGUUAAUAUUUUGGAAAUAAAAACUAGAUCUGUGCGCUUUUGGUUACCCAGAACCAGAUGGUGGGAAUUUCUACUCCUGAGCCAAUAAUGUAUGUCUUUUAUCGUUUUGUAGGGUUUUUUUUCUUUUCUUUUUUCUUUUGUACAAUAUGUUUGUCUAUGUAGUUUAUUUUUGGAGACAGGUUAUGAAGAAUUUAUAUGUGAGAGACUAUUUUGAUGAUACUUUUAUAUUUACAUGAAGUAGCAUAUUAAAGAUAUUGUUUCUAUA